AUGAGCCAGUCAAAAGGCCGCGAAAUCGGUAUCGGGCAGAUUGAUGUAGUGAUGAAACAUUACUUCUGGGGAAUCCACUACGACGACAAGCUCGUCACUCUUCAUUACACCAGAAAAAGACGCAAUAUUAUCGAUCUCAAGAAAAUGUUGUGGAAAUUGUUCUAUUACAUGCAAGAGCAGCAUCGCCCUAAGUCCUGGACGCAACUAUUAAACUUCAAUCGAGAUAGUGGGCCUCGAUUAAUGAGAUACAACCUCGAACCUCGCCCUGCACCUUUUAGCCGAUGGUAUCGGAAUCUUCCUCAUAUUGACGUAACUCUCCUUCCCGGGUUCAAACGUCCUUCCGAUGCGCAUGCCGAGACCUCAGAUGCUUACAUCCAGCAAUUCCUCUUCUCAGCCGACACUUAUGCAGAGCCACCGCAAUCGAUACACCGACUAGUGAACCCCAAUGAACUUGUGUCGGAACAAGAGGUAUCUGAGAGACUUCAAGAGUUUCUAGAGCCUAUCGAUUCGAACAUCAUUGAACCGGACAGCCAAAACCAGCAACGACGAAAGCUUUCGCCUGGUGCUCCUGCUUAUAGAGGACCAAAACCUAUAGGCACUGGCAGCGGUGUUCCUAUCUAUGCUGCUCCCAUCCGUCAGUGGGACGAUCCGAUCUUUGCAGACCCUAGCCUCAGUCCACUUUUUAAUACAGCCCCUGUUGACUAUCAGCAAGUCGAUACUCUUGUUGACACGGCUCUUUCAUCUGCAUAUGAUCCCAGAAAUGUGACAGAGGUCAUUGAGAGGGCCCUGAUAAAGAUUGCGUACACCGACCUGGAGCGUGAUCCCAGUGCUCCAACUCGCACUGCACCUCCUCCGAAAUUGACUGCCCGGUCAAUUGAGGAUCUGUCCAACACCCAGCUUGGAACCUUCAAUAAUACAGCCAACGUAAGGUUGGAUCCUGUGACUUUCGCAUGGGACCCAAAUGGCCUUGUUUAUCCUCUUCGCGGCCGUGGUCCCAUCUGGAGUGGUAAUUCUUGUUCCGUUGAUGCCGUGAUUACAGUAGGCAUUUUGAUGGAUGCUGGCUGUACCAAGAUCGACCGUUAUAACAACCGGCAGGCUAAUUUUACAGACAUCGAGAAAGCUUUCAUUGAGACUACCCAUGUGGCUUGGGAUGUCUUGGAUGAGAAAAACUCUCGCACCCAGCGCGAUAUAUUCUUUCAGAUGUUCUGCGAGAAUUAUCCCAGUCUACAAAUGGGUUCACCGACCCCACCAUGGGUUAUAUGGGCAGAGGGCACCAAGAGCUUUUCUCAAUUUCGAUUCUUUCACGCCGAGCGAGUCGUUCCUUGCAGGUGUACACGUACAAGUGUGUUUGUCGUCUCCCACCAGGGGUCCUGCGUGAUGCCUGCCUAUCGCAAGGGUGACGAAAGGGGAAUUGAGGUCUCCAAUUUGCUUGAGCGAUGCUUUUACUCCAGAAAAGAAAGCAAGUGUCAAUCGUGUGGUCAAAACAAUAUUCGGAGCGAGAGGAAGGUUGGCCAACUUCCACUACGUUUGACCAUGACUUUUGAUGGAAGGACAAAGGUUCUUGAUCAUACCAAAGAUAUUGAGUUCCAGUAUAUCGAUUAUGGUGACAGACCCCAGAAAGCACGGUAUCGUUGGCUUGGUGGCGUCUAUAUCUACCAAGACCAUGCUCGUGUCUACUGGACAGACACUAAGCGUGGUGAAUACGACACAGGAAACGUUUGUAUGUACGACAGUCAGCUGAAUCACGGCUUGAUAGUCGGAGGAAUUCCAGGCUUCAAUAAGAACAAUCGAGUCCCAUUAGAAUGGUGCCAAGGGGCUGCAAUUCCCCUGGUGUUCUACGAACAGAUCAUGAGCCCUGCGAAGGAUGUGCUCAAAGUAGCUCUCGAGGCUGUGCAGAAGAUGACCCUUCUCAAAACACAGAAUAAAGAGCUUCUACAAAACCACCCUCAUUGGGGCUCAUUUGUUCCCCCGAUUCAAAGAGAUCCUUGGACUCGCGUCCUGCCUGGGCUUGCGCAGCCCUUCACUGCCUUUCCUCCGUUCACUGGCAUGGACCUUGACGAUUCUCUUCAGGACCAAGUCCCCAGUCCACCAAAUCAGUCAUUGGACUUCUCCAACAUUCUAUCUCUCGGUGCGCCCUUGGUUCCCGAUAUCACAAACUGGGAGAACCUCAACCCAGCAUUUCUUGAUCCGAAUGUCAUCGAUGUCUCAUUGCUUGACCCUGCGCUACUAGCCAGUAACACUUCGCAACCUUCCAAUUACCCAGCCUUUAAUUGGCUUGGAUAUCGGGACCCAAGGCCCAAUACAGGGUUCACUUCUCCCCCUGCAUUUGUGCUACGGAGCGACAACACUGUCAACCCUGACUCUUAUCACGGCGCACUCGAUUUCACACAGCAGGACCCGAGCUGGUUUGCGGAUGUGUCGAAUCUCUGGCCGCAGGGUCAACCUACCGAAGAAGGCGCUUUGGAUUUCCCCGCGAUGGACGUGAAUCACCAACCUGGAUCUCGGACAAAGCAGAGAGAUGCAGAUGAUGAUAUUAUGAUGAUGGAUACCAAUAUGUCAGGUAGUGCAACUACGAAGCCGCAACCACGAAAUCGCCGUAAGGCCCAGAACCAGGCCCCUGAGGUGACCCCGGAGGUCUCCGAGGUGGAGGAUGAGGAUGAUAACGAUGAGGAUUAUGAGGCGCAUUCAACUCCACGUCAACCUCGAGCAAUUAAGAGAGUUAACGAUGGAAGUCCCAGGAAGGCGGCCCCUAAAAAGGCUGGGGGCAACAAAAACCCAAGAAAAGUCACGAAGAGGAGCAGCCCAGAGGACUCUGGCCCGAGGAGAGUUCAGCCCUCUCGUAGAAAAAAAUAG